AUGGAUUCAUCAACUGAUGAUAUCGUCAAAGAAAUCCCUGGUGUAAUUCGAGUAUACAAAAAUGGCCGAGUCCAAAAACUCCUCGCUACCAAUGUUGUUCCCGCCGGUCUCGAUCCUUCCUCCGGCGUUCAAUCCAAAGACGUCUUAUUCUCAUCCGAUAAAACUCUCUCCGCUAGGCUUUACAUUCCCAAAUCCACGAAUGCCGUUACUAGAAAACUCCCCCUUCUUAUCUACUACCACGGCGGCGCAUUCAUCGUCGCAACCGCCGCUUCCCGCAUCUACCACAACUUUUUAAACCUCAUCGCAGCGGAAUCCAAUGUGGUCAUAGUUUCCGUUGACUACCGAACGGCGCCAGAGCAUCCCGUCCCCACCUGCUUUCAAGAUUCCUGGGAAGCAAUCAAGUGGGUGGAGCAACAUGUUAACCAAAAUGGUCCCGAGCAAUGGCUUAACAAAUACUCUGAUCUCGGUCGUGUAUUCUUCUGCGGCGACAGUACGGGUGCCAAUAUCGCCCAUCACAUGGGCAUCCGGAUUGGGACUGAAAAUCGGAGCGGGGGCAUUUAUCUACAAGGGAUAAUACUGCUCCACCCGUACUUUUGGGGAAAGGAUCGCGUCGGGUCUGAACCGCGCCAACAUCCAUUGAUGAGAGUGAUAAGGGAUUUAUGGUUGUUUGCCCACCCGGAUACGAUCGGGUUAGAUGACCCGUUAAUUAACCCGGCAUUGGAUCCGAAAGUGGCGGAUCUUGGAUGCUCCAGGGUGUUGGUUUGUGUUGGAGAGAAGGAUAUAUUGAAGGAUAGGGGAUGGUAUUACAAAAUGAUUUUGAGGAAAAACGGGUGGAGAGGAGAUAUAGAAAUUUUGGAAGAUAAAGGGGAAGUGCACACGUUUUUUCUAUUUAAACCUUGUUCUCAAAAUGCUUGUAAUUUGCGCAACAGAAUUCGUACUUUUAUCAAUCGCAUCAAAGCCAAGGUCUAA